CAUUGUCUUCAAUGUUUGUUUACAUUUAGUGAUUUUUCAGUAAAAUUGUCUGGAAAUAUUACUGAAAAUGGUUAAUUACUGUUGUGUUCAAGGAUGUGGCCGUAACAGUAGAUUAAAUAAGCAUUUAAAUUUCUACAGUCUACCAAAAGAAAGACAUAGGCAAGUGCAAUGGUUGAAAGCGGCAGGCAGGGAAGAACUACUGGAAAAGGAUCAGGCCAAGCUGUCCGUAUCACAUCGAUUCUGUUCGAGACACUUCACACCGGCCAGCGUCAAGAACCGUCACCUGUGCCCUGAUGCCGUGCCUUCGUUGUGUCUUCCAGGGUCUUGGUGUAAAGAAGAGGAAUCGGAAGACGACCAGCCGACGCACACAGACAUAGUGUGCAACAGUUGCGCCCGCGCAGUGGUCGGGUUCAGGUACAAGUGCGUCAGCUGCCGCGACUACGAUCUGUGUCAGAAGUGCGAGAUGCUGGAGGCUCACCCGCAACACUACAUGCUCAGGAUACCACGCCCGGUCAAGUUUAAAUUCGCGGACAAAUUGACAAAGAAAUGGAAGAGGCUGUUCAGUGCAGAGCACGUGACACCGGCCAUGUUGGACGCUGAUGAGGCGGUGAUGAGCGGCAGUGACAGUGAUGACGAGCCCAUCACCAAAUACGCCAAGAACUAUGACAGCGGGAUUGACUUGUCAGAAGAUGUAAAGGAGAAAAUACGAAAGGAAGUGAAAAGAGUAAUGCAAUUGAAACCAGAAGAUAAGACACCUAAGAAUACUAUCAAGAAGAAGAAAGAACAGACAAAGAGACUGUCACAAGAGACGGAACAAGUUACGCCGAAUAAGAAAUUGAAAUAUGAAGAGAUCACAGAAGUAAACAGAUUCCCAGGGCCAAGUGCCCCUGAGGUGGUGUUUGCAGAUGUGAACGAGAUCAAAGAUGGUCAAAUUAUGGUCGAAUUGAAGCCAGAGUUCCGAGGCAGCGUCCCUGGGCCUUCAGUGUCCCGUGUUGGUCCUGCUCUCCCAAGGGUGACCCAAGCCGACAUACCCGAAGUCCCAAUAGUGGGAACUAUCUCCACAAUGUCCCACGUGUCUAUACCGACUGAAAACAACUUGUAUAACAUGGCUUUAGUGAACAAUAUGCCCGGUAUGUCAACAGAGGAAACUGUGGGCAAUGUUACCGUCCCAACAGUGGGCCAGGUUACCCCAGGGUCGGGCGACCAACCAGUGAUGCAUGUAAAAUUGAGCGAUGACUUUACUGAGCUCAUGAUUGAAGUGACCUCAAACAAUAAAAAGACGUAUUAUAAGUACACUGAGUGAGUGAGGACUGUAUUUGCUCCGGCCGAAUAGUUAAUGCCAUCUGCGGCAAGUCACGUCAAAAAAAAAGAAAAAAGAACUAUAUUUGUUUUGUUUCAUUUGUCCGCCAUCUUAUUUAUACUAUCUGUGGUAAAGUUACGUCGUAAUGAGGGAGUUUCUAUGCUACGUUCUUCAAAAACUAGAUGGCGCUGUACUGUUUUUUCUUUAACGUUCUAAUUUCAUGGAUAACAGACAUAUGCAUUUAUCUUUGUUUUUGGGUAUAAAUGAUGACUAUUUUUAUUACACCAAGCCACAAUUACAUCUUGCGCCCAUUAUUAUUCUGAUCAAACUAAAGCAAUAUAGGCAGCAAUAUAAUUCUAUACAUAAUGUGAUCCAAACAUCAAGCAACAUUUAUUUUUGUAUUGUACCCGAGUAAUGAGAAAAUAGGUAAUUAUCACGUAGAAGAUGUACAGCGCCCUAAGAAAAAGAUCCUCAUUAUAAAAAUACAGAUAGUAAUAAUGGUUAAUUAAACAGGGGUCCCCAAACUGGGCAAACUGCGCUUUGGGGAACCAAUUAAGUAGGUGUGUUGGUAUUCCAUUAAAAUAUACUUUAAUCUUACAGUAAGUUAUAGAAGGGAAACAUUUAGAAAAAAAUUAUGGAGAAGUUAAGCCCUUGAAAGUUACUUAAAUGUUUAAACCAAUCACCUACUUGUCUUAAAUAUUUACUAAUUAGAAGUAAUAUGAACUUGCAACUAGUUGCAACAUAUUUAUUUUUAACUUGUAAGUUAUGUAAGUAGGUACAUUUAUGAUCUGUGGUAGGUACAAUAUCUCUAUUAUACAACUUAAACAUUAUAAUUAUGUAUACUGUUAAUUUUAUAAGAAAAUAAAUUCAUUAAUUGAAAUAAUA